AUGGGUUCCGGGCGCAGCGAGGCCGAGACGCGGGAGUGCAUCUACUACAACGCCAACUGGGAGCUGGAGCGCACCAACCAGAGCGGCCUGGAGCGCUGCGAGGGCGAGCAGGACAAGCGGCUGCACUGCUACGCCUCCUGGCGCAACAGCUCGGGCACCAUCGAGCUCGUCAAGAAGGGCUGCUGGCUGGACGACCCCAACUGUGCCCCCAGGCAGGAGUGUGUGGCCACCGAGGAGAACCCCCAGGUGUACUUCUGCUGCUGUGAAGGCAACUUCUGCAACGAGCGCUUCACCCACCUGCCCGAGGCUGGGGGCCCGGAAGUCACGUACGAGCCACCCCCGACAGCCCCCACCCUGCUCACGGUGCUGGCCUACUCACUGCUGCCCAUCGGGGGCCUCUCCCUCAUCGUCCUGCUGGCCUUCUGGAUGUACCGGCACCGCAAAGCCCCCUACGGCCACGUGGACAUCCAUGAGGACCCUGGACCUCCACCCCCAUCCCCUCUGGUGGGCCUCAAGCCACUGCAGCUGCUGGAGAUCAAGGCUCGGGGGCGCUUUGGCUGUGUGUGGAAGGCGCAGCUCAUGAACGACUUCGUGGCUGUCAAGAUCUUCCCACUCCAGGACAAGCAGUCGUGGCAGAGCGAGCGGGAGAUCUUCAGCACGCCCGGCAUGAAGCACGAGAACCUGCUGCAGUUCAUCGCGGCCGAGAAGCGCGGCUCCAACCUGGAGGUGGAGCUGUGGCUCAUCACGGCCUUCCACGACAAGGGCUCCCUCACGGAUUACCUCAAGGGGAACAUCAUCACGUGGAACGAACUGUGUCACGUGGCAGAGACCAUGUCCAGAGGCCUGUCGUACCUACACGAGGACGUGCCCUGGUGCCGUGGAGAGGGCCACAAGCCGUCUAUCGCCCACAGCUUUGUGGAACUCCGCCCUGGUGCUGACCCUGCUCCCGGGUCUCUGGCGGCUGCGGGACCGGGUGUUCAUCUCAUCUCAGCCAACUUGUCUCCCUUCACGGCCGUGCUGGCUGACUUCGGCCUGGCUGUUCGGUUUGAGCCGGGGAAACCUCCCGGGGACACCCAUGGGCAGGUGGGCACGCGGCGGUACAUGGCCCCCGAGGUGCUCGAGGGGGCCAUCAACUUCCAGAGAGACGCCUUCCUGCGCAUCGACAUGUAUGCCAUGGGGCUGGUGCUGUGGGAGCUUGUCUCCCGCUGCAAGGCCGCCGACGGUGAGUUUGUUCUCACCCCCGGACCGGUGGACGAAUACAUGCUGCCCUUUGAGGAAGAGAUCGGCCAGCACCCCUCGCUGGAGGAGCUGCAGGAGGUGGUCGUGCACAAGAAGAUGCGGCCCGCCAUUAAGGAUCACUGGCUGAAGCAUCCGGGCCUGGCCCAGCUCUGUGUGACCAUUGAGGAGUGCUGGGACCACGACGCGGAGGCUCGCCUGUCUGCGGGCUGCGUGGAGGAGCGGGUGUCCCUGAUCCGGCGGUCGGUCAAUGGCACUACCUCGGACUGUCUGGUCUCCCUGGUGACCUCUGUCACCAACGUGGACCUGCCCCCGAAGGAGUCGAGCAUCUAAGCCCAGGACGCGAGAGGCUCUCCAGACUCGACGGAUCUGAAGAGGAAAGGAAAGGAAAGAAGUGUUUUGUUCCGGAAGUCCCACACCACCAACAAACACAUAAAAUGCAGCUGCUAUUUUACCUUGA